AUGAAACUGCGAUACCAACCAAUCCUUCCUCUUCAAUGCCGAUCAUCUCUUAUCUCGCUGUCUGCCAUUCUCGACUACAUCGUAUUUGGACCAAGGACUGCUGUCUCUUGUGGUUUCAAAAGUUUUGACUGUAGCGCCGCUUCUGCCCGACAUUUACCACAUGAUUACUGGCACUUCGCCCAGCAUGAGCUGAGUGCGCCUCCGGUGAUUUUCAAAAGUGAAUGGUGGUUCACAAUUGCCGGUUCUGUGAUGGCGUUUACGUGCGGAUACUUCAGCAGUUUGGCCCUUAUCUACACGCCU